AUCGGCGAAAUCAGCUGUCUUGGCAAUUUGGGUUUAUUUUUAAGCUUAUUCUAGUGCUAAUAAAACGGACCGGCCGGGCGUCAUGUUCAUCGGUGGGCGUAUCCAGUUAACAAUAAUAAUUGGUGUGCCUCAGAUAAGCGGGAUACGUAAACAAACGACGGGGCAAACGCAAACAAACAUGUUGACACUCGGCAGUUCGUAGACAGCCGCCAGCGACUCCCAAUCAGUCGUGCUUUGGAUUCCGGACCCGUCGAUUCGCGCGGAUUGUGCGUGGUGUUUGUUGAUUAUUAAAGCUAAAAAUGCGUCAAUUUGCAAACUUUUAGUGGCUGCCAACUGCCAGAACUGUGAUAGAAAACCAAAAAAGUCUCCUUUAACGCUGAUACAGCAAAUUCCAAUUGGAAGAGAAACGUGAUCGCGGCAUAAACACACACACACACGUGCGCUGGCUGUGUAUGAGUGAGCAAAAAACACAUGCUUUAUUGCCUGUCUUUGCACUUUUUGUGAAUGAACUGAAAAAGCGGUGCCAAGUUUGGAGGAGCAGCGAUAAUACGCCAUUAGUAUUGAUCUUCGCGUCACAGGUCAACGUAAUUAGGACAAAAUGAAGGCCAUCGAUAAGGAGCUGCUGCCAAUGAAGGCACACUACUUUCUCUUCAAUGCCGGCACCGCUCCCGUGGUCCCCUUUAUGCCCACCCUCGCCGGCCAGCUGGGAUACUCCCCCGCAGUAGUGGGCACCAUGUACAUGAUUUUACCCAUCAUUGGAAUGCUGGCGAAGCCCCUCUUUGGCUACAUUGCAGACCGCUACCAUCAGCAUCGCACCCUCUUCCUAGGCGGCCAGGUGCUCACAGGCCUUGCCUUCUUCAUGAUCAUGUUCGUUCCGGGAAUGGAAAAGCCGCCGCCCAAGGUGGAGUUCCACUGUCAUCAGGGCGUAUCCAAUAUACAGUUCUGCUCCCAGUACGGCGAGUGCGUGGAAAAGAAUCUGGAAAGGUAUUAUGGCAAUAGAACGCUGGGCUGUGAACUCCAGUGCGAGGCUCAGCCCUUCCUGUGGGACAUUGUGUGCCAGGAUUGGCUGCAAAACAAGACAGAAAACUGUGCUGCGAAUCGCACAAAUCCCCAGCUGGAUUUUGGCACCAGCAUCAAUAUGAAUGACAUCUUGGACGCGGGUGGCUGCAUGCACUUUAUGAUUCCCCACGACCGCGGCCAGAUAGCGGGACAGAAUGUCACAUUCGUUUGUCCCAAGGAGAAGGAGUAUUUCAAGACCAACUGCACCAUGGACUGCAAGGAGGAUUACCUCAAGGAGCAGCUGGCGGAGAGUGCGGUGAUUAACACACGCAGUGCCAUGGCAAUGCCGCAGUUCUGGUUCUUCUUUGGCAUGCUCAUCUUUAGCUGGAUCGGCAUGGCGGUGGUGGUGAGCAUCGGGGAUGCCAUUUGUUUUGGCAUUCUCGGCGAGCGCCAUCAUUUAUAUGGCAAGCAGCGGCUGUGCGGAUCCCUGGGUUGGGGAAUAUUCGCCUUGCUGGCCGGUGUGCUCGUCGAUCACAUGUCCUUGGGCGAGGUGAACAAGAACUACACGGCUGUGUUUUGGAUGGCUCUGAUCAUAAUGGGAGUGGAUGUGUUUGCCUCCUCCAAGCUGAGGCACACCCAGACACAUUUGUCUUCCAACAUCUUGAAGGAUGUGGGUCAGAUGUUUCUCUCGCUGCGCUGCGUCAUCUUCUUCCUGUGGUGCGUGGCCAUUGGCCUGGGCACUGCGCUGAUCUGGAACUUCCUUUUCAUCUAUCUGGAGCAGCUGGACAAGGCGUUCGAGGGAUGCGACAGUUCGAUCAAAACUCUGGAGGGUCUGGUCAUGAGCAUCCAAUGCUUUGGCGGGGAGCUGCCCUUCUUCUUCCUGUCGGGAUGGAUUCUGAAGAAGAUUGGCCAUGUGAAUGCCAUGAGCCUGGUGCUCUUUGGCUUCGGAGUGCGCUUUAUUUUGUACUCGAUGCUGCAGAAUCCUUGGUACAUCCUGCCCAUCGAACUGAUGAACGGGGUGACAUUUGGUCUCUUUUACGCCACCAUGGCCUCCUAUGCGAGCAUUGUGGCGCCACCGGGCACCGAGGCCACCAUGCAGAGCCUUGUGGGCGCCAUUUUCGAGGGCGUGGGCGUCUCCAUGGGCAGCCUGAUUGGUGGCCUGCUCUUCGAGUCGGUUUCUGCUCGCACCACCUUCGAGAUCUUUGGAAUCGGCGCCUUCAUUGUGUUCGUUGUGCACGUGUCCCUACAGAUGUACCUGCAGCGCAAUAGAAACACCGACGAAAACGGCACUGUCAAGUAUUUCGCACCGACAGAUGCAAUGCACAUGCUGAAUGAUCAGGAGUAUAGUAGAGUUAGCUAAGCCCAAUCACCAAAUAAAACAAACACCAAUCACCAACAACAGUCACCAACAAUGAACCAGCGAGAGCAACCAGUCACCAGAUCCCAGGCUUCGACAGAUCAGCUGUGAAUGCUCCUCCACUUCGACAUCUUUCAACUCUCGAUGCUGCAUGUAUUGUAUUUUGUAAACGUGCUUUAAUUUAGUAGUAACUUAUUUUAGUAACCACACACUUUCCACACACCACACACACUGCGGAAUGACCUUGCCCAUAUUUACCUUUGAAUUCAAUGUGAGAACUUAAUUAUUUGUAGAAUUACAAGCGCAGUCGGUGAGUUUAAGCAUGAAUCCCAAUAUUCUUACCGUGAAUUUAAGCCUCGGCUGCCUUGGCGCUGUGAAUGUUUAACCAUUGUUUCUCCACCACAUCAACUUACUGUUUAACAUAUACGUAUAUAUAUAUUAUAUUUUUAUAAUAAUUAUAAAUAAUAUUUGUAGCUAGUGGUAGCUUCCUUUGAUCCGGUUGCAUGUAGCCAUUUUGUUCGCGUAAUCUCCUAGGUAUUUACUUAAUUAUACACGAAAAAUGUACCACAAAGUGAAAUGUUUUCCAGAAGCUCUAAUAACAUAAACAAUUAUCAUUGUUAUUACGUACUAUA